AUGGCUGAUGGAACUCGUCUGUCUCAACUUUCGGAGGCACUUUCUCAAUUGCGCGCCGAGAAUGCUUCCAUUCGUGAGAACCAGACCCAGUUAUCCCAUGCCCAAAACAAACAACAGCAUUUGUUGGAAGAAAUUAUUCAACAAGUCGCGAGUUUAGCCACCAGUUACAAUACAUUAACCCAAUCCUUGACCCACCAACCCAACCCCACAAAUCCCAAUGACCAUGAAGCCAGUAACCCACCCACUUCCCCUCUGAACCAUCACAACCCACUCUUUGAAACACCGACUGGAAUUCAAGGUCCUCACACAAAAGGAUUGUUGGUUCACCUCUUGCAGGCAGAUUCUUCCACAUCCACUCCUGAGGUGCCUCUUGCCCUCCAACCGUUACUUACUACUUAUGCUGACGUCUUUCGGGAACCCACCAGCUUACCUCCACAUCGGAGCCAAGACCACAAGAUUUCUCAACUCUCAGUCUCUCGCCCUUCUCUGAUGGUUUUCUGGGGAGUUUCAGGGUUGAGUUUUGGAGGUGGUGGUGACGACUUCAGAGGUGGAUAG